GUACCUUUUGAGAGAGAACUUUAGAAGAGCAGGGGCAGCUCCGCGAAUCGAUUUACACGGCGCCCUGUCAGUGCUUGUCGCGUCCCUUGCAGUUGAACAAGGCUGUCUCUUCUUCCUUUCAUCUCCUCCCUUUUCUUCCCCAGCACUUUUCUUCAACAAAAAGCUGCUCUUCCCCAAGGCACUCCGUGCUCAUCCUCACCAUGUACUCCGGUUUGUGACCUCACUGACCAUUUCAGCACCCGCAAUGGCAUCCUCGUCGUCGACCCCUUCCACGGUUUCCAAACACGAUCGCGACUCUUCCUCGGCCAAGAUGAGCUCCUCCAACCAGGUGAAUGCAGGUGGAAGCACCACGAGCACCGCAAACAAUACCACGAACGAACUUUUGGAAAAGCUUGCUUCUGUGCUGCCAAAGGACUUGAAGUUCUCCAUCCACCACCUAUCGACACCACCCACCCGCACCGAUGCUCUCUACGCAGCUCCUCCGGGAGAGAAAGCCGACAAGACAUACUGCGAAAAGCACUUCCUCGCCCUCUCGAUCGAAGCCCCCGUCACUGGUGCUAUCAAGCGGUCUUCCCCUGGCGCUGACGAGGCCAAGUCGACCGAGACGACAACAAAACAAGUUAUCGCCUUCGCCAUUGAGGUGUUCAUCUUUACGACAGCCUUCCAGACCGUCCUGUUCGUCUCCAAGGCCGAUUCGACCGGUUACCUCCAUCUUCUCAAGCUGCCGAGAGGAGGCCCUUCCCCCAUCAGCCAAGUCAGCUCGACCUUCGUAUCCUACCUCAUCCAACAUCGACGACGCAAACACAUUGUCUCCGUCGUCAACCUCUUCGGCCGUGCGCAGCACCAGUACCUCUUCCCGGGCAGUGGUGAAAACGACGGAAUCGGUCCGGGCAGGGAGAAGCACAUUCUUAGUGACAGGGGUCUGAUCAAGUGGUGGUGUCGGGUUCUCAAUCCACUUUUGGAAGAUCAGCGCAAGGACGAUCGAGUUGCGGCCACCAGAGGGUACCUUCUUGUUCCUGGCCUGGAAGAGCGGGACAUGCGCGCCUUCAUUCCACGGACCGUCACCAGCGCCAACGAUUGGGUAAUUGGCCAUCCCAUGGAGAGGAUAUCCCACUAUACUCAGGAGUUCGACUGGGUACCGCCUAGAUGUCUGAUACCGCGAUACCCAGACGACCCAAAGUCCCGUUAUAGGGAUGAGCUUGACGAGGAGUCUGCAAAGUGGAAGCAGGAUAUGGGAACUUGGAAAAGCAUCAGGACAUUAAACCAGUUUUGGGAUACCAUGGCCUUCAGGCAGGAGUGCUCGUCUGGGCGGCUUACGGGGUUCAUUUGGUUGGUCUUUGACCCCAAGGAGUCGGAGAUAGAAGAACAGGCGACACAAGCCACGACGGCUUCGUUCUCGACGGCUUUUGCAACCGCGCCACUCAUGACCCCGACCGGCUCUUUCGAUGCUUCUACCGCCUUCCCUCCUUCAACUCCACCAAAGCGUCGUGCUGAUGCGCCGGUCCGUACACCACAGGCUAGUCCGCUGAAGGCCUCUUUUACAGCAGGCCAAGCAGCUGCCUCUCAACCUGGGACGGAAAAGGAGACCAGCAAGAAAGACAAGGAGAAGAAAAGGAAGCUAAAAGGUCGCAUCACCCCUCGUGUUCCCAAAAUCAAGAAACACCAACGAAACUACCUCUUCAAGCGACCAAAUACCACGGCCUACUACCACUGGCCAGCGGAGGGCCGUGGCGACCUUAUCGUGGAUGAGCACGAUUACAAGCGUGUGGUGGAGCUACUGCUGCAGCUCGAUUUUGAGACGCUGGAUAAGGCUUGCAGUGCCACCAAGCGAUGGAUCAGCGAGGCUGGCAUGGGUGCUAAAUGGGGGCAUGAGGUUGUUGGGAGGCGGGUCCAGACUGUGACGAGUGCCACUGCUGGUCGGGGAAGCGCAGCUCCAGUUAAUAACUUGACGGGGUUGGUGAGGAAGAAGAAGCCGGCUGCUGUUGAGAGUGGCGCGGCGGAUGUAAAGACUAAUGGGCUAGAGGACCCCUUUACCGAGAAUGGGACGGCUACAGCAACACCAAGUGAUGCUGUUAACCCAUUGGUGCUUGAACCACCAAAGGUGAAUGUGCUGGGGGCUGGACUGAUUAGGAAGAAGCCCAAGGCAUCAUCUUAGGUCCUCUGAUUACUCUUUUCUUUAUCUUUCUAUGAUACCUAUUUGUAUUUCUUUCGUGGCAUGAUACCUUUUCGGAGACAGCGGGAUUGCGGAAAAUGGGAUAGGGGUCAAAUGGAUGGGCGUACACGACAAGCUGAGCAUCACCUUGACCAGCCUGAACGGGUUCUGGGUAUCUAUCAAAAUAACAUUAACUAUUGCUUGUUUUCCACUGGAGAUCUCCAGACCGAUUGCAAAGCUUGUACCAUCGUAUUUAUUCCUCCCCAUCAC